ACAGCAUACAGUUUUGCAGCAGGAUUACAAUGUAAAGAGAGUUUUACCAACGAUUCAUCUCUUUCUAAUGAGAAAAUAGAGAGCGGAUUAUAUUUACACCUACAAGGCCAAGCAGUAACAUAAAGAAGAGCUGUAGUAGAAGAGACAAGGAAAAAAGAAAAGCAGAGGAAUAUCAUCUUGUUCUCAAUAUAUUUAUACACAGCUCCGUUGGCUACAUUUAUAUGAUUAUUGUAAACAACUUUUUUUGGUGAAAAGCUAAGUUGAACUUUUUCAGCACGAGAUAGCUUAUACAUCUUAAGUGAUGAUGACAAAGAAAAGCUUAUCUGCAAGCAGAGCUCCAUUGAUUCUCUUUCUGUGCCAAAUGAUUACAGCAUUGGAAGUACCUCUUGAUUCAAAACUUCUUGAAGAAUUGUCACAGCCUCCAACAAUAACUCAGCAAUCUCCAAAAGACUACAUUGUCGACCCCCGGGAGAAUAUUGUAAUACAGUGUGAAGCAAAAGGAAAGCCCCCACCUAGCUUCUCAUGGACACGUAAUGGAACUCAUUUUGAUAUAGAUAAAGAUGCACGGGUAACAAUGAAACCAAACUCAGGGACCCUUGUAAUAAACAUAAUGAAUGGUGGAAAGGCAGAAGCAUACGAAGGCGUGUAUCAAUGUACAGCAAGGAAUGAACGUGGAGCAGCAAUUUCAAAUAAUAUUGUUAUACGACCAUCCAGAUCCCCAUUGUGGACAAAAGAAAAACCAGAACCAAAGCAAGUUCAAGAAGGUGAUUCUCUAGUACUUCACUGCAGACCUCCAAUUGGAUUACCACCCCCUAUAAUAUUUUGGAUGGAUAAUUCAUUCCAAAGGUUGCCUCAAAGUGAAAGAGUUUCCCAAGGUCUAAAUGGGGACCUUUAUUUUUCUAAUGUACGACCAGAAGACACCCGUGAGGACUAUAUUUGCUAUGCAAGAUUUAAUCAUACUCAGACCAUACAGCAGAAGCAACCCAUUUCUGUGAAGGUUUUUUCAAUGGAUUCAAUGAAUGAAACUAUAGCUGCUAAUUUGAGUGACAGUGAUUUUUAUGGUGCAAAGUCAGUUACAGAGAGACGGCCAAAUCUUUUGACUCCAGCAGGUAGCACAAGUACCAAAGUGGAACUGAGAGGAAACACACUUCUGCUGGAGUGCAUUGCCGGAGGAGUACCCACACCAGUUAUUCGCUGGAUUAAAGAAGGUGGUGAAUUGCCUGCCAACAGGACAUUUUUUGAAAAUUUUAAGAAAACUCUUAAAAUCAUAGAUGUUUCUGAAGCUGAUGCUGGGAACUAUAAAUGUGUAGCAAGAAAUGUGUUAGGAUCUGUUCACCAUACCAUUACAGUAACUGUCAAAGCUGCUCCAUACUGGAUAACAGCACCUAGAAACCUUGUGUUGUCUCCUGGAGAGGAUGGAACCCUGAUCUGCAGAGCUAAUGGCAACCCAAAACCUAAUAUUAACUGGUUAGCCAAUGGUGUUACCAUAGCAAUUGCCCCGGUAGAUCCUAGUAGGAAAGUGGAUGGUGAUACCAUUAUGUUCUCUGAUGUGCAAGAAAGAUCAAGUGCUGUCUAUCAAUGCAACGCUUCCAAUGAAUAUGGCUACUUGCUGGCCAACGCAUUUGUGAAUAUUCUGGCGGAGUCGCCAAGAAUCCUGACACUUCCUAAUACAUUGUAUCAAGUCAUUGCAAACCAUCCUGCAUUGCUAGAUUGCUCUUAUUUUGGUUCACCUAAGCCUGAAAUUAAAUGGUUUAAGGGAGUGAAAGGUAACAACCUGCAUGGUGAUGCGUAUGUUUUCCAUGAUAACGGAACCUUGGAAAUUCCUGUGGCACAGAAAGAUAGCACGGGCACGUAUACAUGUAUAGCAAGCAAUAAAUUAGGAAAGGAAGAAAAUGAGGUCCAGCUAGAAGUUAAAGAUCCAACAAUGAUUAUUAAACAACCUGAAUACAAAAUCAUUCAGAGGUCUGGUCAAGUUUCCUUUGAGUGUACAAUUAAACAUGAUCCUACCUUACUACCAACAGUCACAUGGUUGAAGGACAAUAGUGAAUUGCCAGAUGAUGAAAGACUUAUUGUUGGAAAAGAAAAUUUGACCAUUUUGAAUGUGACUGAUAAGGAUGAUGGAACCUAUACCUGUGUUGCUAAUACUACUCUGGACAGCGUUUCUGCAAGUGCUGUGCUCACUAUUGUUGCUCCUUCCCCAACUCCAGCUAUCAUUUACGCACAUCCAAACCCACCCUUUGAUUUAGAAUUGACAGGUCAUCUAGAAAGAAGCAUACAGCUUUCAUGGAUACCAGGAGAUGACAACAACAGUCCCAUUACAAAUUUUGUCAUUGAAUAUGAAGAUGUAAUGCAUGAACCAGGGGUAUGGCAUUACCAGACGGAAGUUCCUGGAACUCAGACAACUGCACAAUUAAAGCUAUCGCCAUAUGUUAACUAUUCAUUUCGAGUUGUAGCUGUCAAUGAGAUUGGUAGAAGUCAGCCAAGCGAACCAUCUGAACAAUACCUGACAAAAGCUGCAAACCCAGAUGAAAAUCCUUCUGGCAUUCAAGGGAUUGGCUCGGAACCUGAUAAUUUGGUGAUUACCUGGGAGCCUUUAAAAGGUUUUCAGUCCAAUGGACCAGGGCUCCAAUACAAAGUCAGUUGGCGUCAGAAAGAUGCUGAUGAUGAGUGGACUUCUGUUAUUGUUGCAAAUGUUUCUAAAUAUAUUGUGUCUGGUACACCAACCUUUGUUCCGUAUGAGAUAAAAGUACAAUCUUUAAAUGAUCUGGGAUAUGCGCCAGAGCCAUCAGAGGUGAUUGGACAUUCUGGAGAAGACUUACCAAUGGUUGCUCCCAACAAUGUGCAGGUCCAUGUUAUUAACAGCACAUUAGCAAAGGUGCAUUGGGAUCCAGUUCCCCUAAAAACAGUCCGAGGGCACCUUCAAGGAUACAGAAUUUACUAUUGGAAAGUGCAGAGUUUAUCUCAGAGAAGUAGACGGCAUGUGGAAAAAAAGAUCCUGACCUUCAAUGGAAACAGAACGCAUGGAAUGUUGCCAGGACUGGAGCCUUACAGCUCUUACAGGCUGAAUGUGAGAGUUGUUAAUGGUAAAGGGGAAGGACCAGCAAGCCCUGACAAAAUAUUUAAGACGCCUGAAGGAGUUCCCAGUGCACCUUCAUUUUUGAAGAUCACUGAUCCAAUGCUGGACUCUCUCACUUUGGAAUGGGGUUUACCCACUUACCCAAAUGGCAUUUUGACAACGUAUAUACUGAAGUUUCAGCCAAUUAACAGCACACAUGAAUUAGGCCCUUUGGUAGAGAUCAGAAUUCCUGCCAACGAGACCAGCUUGAUAUUAAGAAAUUUAAAUUACAGCACUCGAUACAAGUUUUACUUUUAUGCACAAACAUCGGUUGGAUCUGGAAGUCAAAUAACUGAGGAAGCAGUAACAAUUAUGGAUGAAGGUAAGAUGGCUGGUAUUCUCCCUCCUGCUGUAGGUGCAGGCAAAGGAUACUCAGAAACCCUUUUUGCAACCUCCCCUGUCUUGCAUACUGUCCGUCCAACAUUCUAUAAGGUGCGACCAGUUUAUCCAAGGAUCAGAAAUGUUUCUGCAGCUGCUGCUGAGACCUAUGCCAAUAUCAGUUGGGAGUAUGAGGGACCAGAUCAUAUGAACUUUUAUGUUGAAUAUGGUGUAGCAGGCAGCAAAGAAGAUUGGAAAAAAGACAUUGUAAAUGGUUCUCGGAGCUUCUUUGUGUUAAAGGGUUUAACACCAGGAACAGCAUAUAAAGUCCGGGUUGGUGCUGAGGGUCUGUCUGAGUUUAUGAGUUCAGAGGAUGUAUUUGAGACAGGUCCAGCCAUGGCGAGCCGGCAAGUUGACAUUGCUACACAAGGAUGGUUUAUUGGUCUAAUGUGUGCAGUUGCUCUUCUUAUCUUGAUUUUGCUGAUUGUUUGCUUCAUAAGGAGGAACAAAGGCGGCAAAUACCCUGUGAAGGAAAAAGAAGAUGCACAUGCUGAUCCAGAAAUUCAGCCUAUGAAGGAAGAUGAUGGAACAUUUGGUGAAUACAGGUCUCUUGAAAGUGAUGCAGAGGACCAUAAGCCUCUAAAAAAAGGAAGCCGGACACCUUCAGACAGGACUGUGAAAAAGGAAGACAGUGAUGAUAGUUUAGUUGACUAUGGAGAAGGUGUAAAUGGUCAGUUCAAUGAAGAUGGCUCAUUUAUUGGACAAUACAGUGGUAAAAAAGAGAAAGAACCUGCAGAAGGAAAUGAAAGUUCUGAGGCUCCUUCUCCUGUCAAUGCCAUGAAUUCUUUUGUUUAAUCAAAGAACUCAAUUCCCUUACUACAAUAUCUUCCAUUACAUUUAAAGCACUCGUACGUCCUCCUCAUACAUGAACAUGAAGGUAACAAAGCUCCUCACUACAAGACGUUUAUGCUAUGAGAACAUGUAGGUCAAUACAGUUGUCCAGUAUAACAAUAUGCUAGUAUGUAUCAAAGUGCAAAACUCAAACUUUAUUCAGACCGUGAGUAUUUUUACUUUUUUAAAGGAAUUGACACACACAAAAAGUAAUAUAACAUCAACAGAAUGUUCUUUCCUAUUCAAAUUACAGUAUGAUGCAUGAAAAAAUGCCACCCAUUUCACAGAUAAACCUGUGUAUGCUAUCAAAACAUGGUUUGAUACUUUGUUAUGCAGUCCUCAGCUGAAUCCCUGCAUAUAAAUUCCGUUUUCAUUGUCAGAGUGUUAUAGUAGUAUUAUAUAGAACUUCAAUGUCUUUGUGGACAUUGUUGUGAAAUUGGUGACUUAAUGUCUAGAUAUCAUAUGUCUUUUUCAAGACAGUUAGGAACAGUAUGUACAGUAUAUAAUUGCUAAAUGAUUUAAGUAUGACACUUGCAUUUGCUGAUGCUUAAUGAGACCCUGUUAUCUGCUCUUUGCUCCUAUUACUUUAUAGCUUUUAAUCUAUCAAGUAUUACAGCAGUACAGUGUUCUAUUUUUACAUCAUAUAUAUGUUGGAUUGAUUUUAGGGCAUAAAACAUUAUGCAUUGCAAUGCAUUUUGGAAUUUGUACAGUCACUGAAGUGAAACUUUAAAAUGAGAGAAAAUAUUCCAGAAACACAGGGCAAAAUACAUUCAGUGCCUUUAUACAAUAUGCAUUCCAUAAUGCACUGUACUACUAAAGAAGUUGGUGCAGUAAACUGUGAUUAGUGAACUAUCAUUGCCAAACAAAGUAACUUGGUAAAAAGCAGAGAUUUAUGAAACUGUUGUGCUGAAAAUGGAAGGUUUAUUUUUUUUCUUAUGACACAAAUCACAGUAUGAUCUUAUUGUUUUUUCUUUGAAGAUAAAAUAACAGCUUUGUAGACACUUAGAGCACAACAUGCUUUCAUGGCCUUACACAGUUUAUACAGAAAUGCUGAAUUCAGAUGCUUUACUAAUGCAGCAAUCCAUGCGACUUUCUUAUAAAUUGUUAAAAAGUACCAUGCCAGGAACAGCACAUUCCUCUCCAACUCACUGCUUGACCAGUGUAACAGUUUGGAAAUUAUCUACAAUGUGAAGCAAUGUAUGGAUUACCACUCAGAACUACAGAAUCAAGGAAUCUGACAAGUGCUAACAAGGUUUAGUGGUAAAGGAUUACAGCUAUCAGUUACAAAAAAUAUUCUCUCUCACACUAUAUCAAUCAAAUGAUUUACCUCCAAAUAUGAAAUUUUAUAACAACCUAUGGUUGAAGGAAUGCUCAGUUUCAUUUGCCAAUAAAUUGGUUUUUCAUAACUUGCAUCAAGUUUAAUUUUAAGUAAGCUUUUUAUAUGUAGAUAUUUUGUUGAAUUUGUAAAUACACUUAAAGUGUAGAUGCUAUAUGCUUCUAGGUGUUACAAACAAAUAAAACAAACAAAAAAAAAGCUUAUGUUGUACUGUGUAAGAAGUACUGUAGCCAAUGGAGUGCAUGGUAUUUUAAAGCAUCUACUUUAAUACAUAUAUUUUUUGCUGUGAAAAUGAAAUAGUGAACUGUUCCACUUACUAACUGCAGAUUUCUAGAUAAUACUUUCAGAGCUUGUGCCAGUGCAUUACAUUAAACCAUAGUACACCUUGCAGCUUUUAUGUAUGUACUGUAGGUAAAGCACAAUUGAGAUAAUCACAAAUGGAAGUUGGCCAUACAAGCACCACUAAACGUUCCACAGGUCCAUUUUCCUAAUACAAACACAAACAACAAAACAAAAAGAGCUCUACAACACUCUUUAUAAAGCACAAAGAGAAAAGUUUCUUAAUAAUGUUUGCCAAUUGGCAUUGGUAACAGAGAAAUAUAAUUUUACUCUUGAAUUGUAGAUGCUGAAUUAUCUGUGCAUGUGAGGGUACACACACAGGCUUACUUCUGUAAUAGUGCAACAUAUUUUGUAUUAAAAAUAAAUGUGGUUUUAAAAUUUCA